AUGAGCGAAAUCCUCUCGACUGAGGGCGAUCGAGCGAAAACCUUGUCAAGCGAAGAAAAUGAUCUCCUUCAGAGAUCAAAUAAGAAAUACAAGAUAAAUAUUGAUGAAAUUAAUCCGGAAGAGAUGAUGGAUGCAACACCACUGAGCAAGGAUCACCCGAUGGGCGAUCGGAUCGAAAGUCGCUUAUCGUAUAGCCAGAUGACUCAGUCGUAUGGAAAGACGACUAACCCUCUCUUUGUUGGUGGAGAUUGGCCAGAUGAAGUUGUCUCAGAAGAUGAUAGUGAGGCUGAAGGUGAGAAUGAAGAUGACUCUUGCCCUAAUAUUUUACUCACUCGUGAGGAUAAGCGACGCAUUAGGAGCCCUUGGAAAAAUGCGAUUAUCAUUAAAUUGUUUGAUAAGGAAAUGGGAUAUGAAGUUUUAAUGAGGCGGCUGAAAUUUAAGUGGCAAUUGAAGGGCAGUAUUGCGCUCACAGAUGUCGGACAUGCGUUCUAUAUAGUCAGAUUCACCAGUUCAGAGGACUAUGAGUUCUUCAUGACUCAAGGGCCAUGGAUGAUUGGUGAUAGCUACUUGACGAUUCGAAAAUGGAUUCCCAACUUCAUUGCAGAUGAGGCCCCAAUGCGCCAUUUGACUGCAUGGGUCCGUAUCCCAAAUCUAUCUGUGGAAUACUUUGAUAAACUAAUCCUUCACAAAAUUGGGAGUAAGAUUGGUAAAGUUAUCAAAAUUGACAGAAAUACUGAAUCUAUGGAUCGUGGGCAAUAUGUCCGUUUUUGCAUUGAGGUUGACCUUGCUAAGCCACUUUUGUCAAAGUUCAAACUCAAUGGGAGAAUAUGGAAAAUCCAAUACGAAGGGCUUAAGAUGAUUUGCUUUAAGUGUGGUCAUUUGGGACAUAAAGAGGAUAAAUGCGAGCCUUGUCGGGCCAAUUCUGAUGGGUUGCAGUCUACAUCGAGGAUGGGCGAAGGGAUAGUUAGAGAUGUAGCCCAGAGUAGGGCUACAAAGUCGGGGCCGGAGGUUAGCAGUAAAUAUGGUGAAUGGAUGUUAGUCUCUCGAAAUAAUAAGCGGAGUACUAUUAAGGCUAACAUGAAUAGUUCCUGUAAUGGUGAAUGUUCUAAAGCCCCUCCGCGAUAUAGGAACGUGGAGAACUCUGAAUUGGGUCAUCGGCCUAUAACUUCGAAGGGCAAAUCACCAAUACAAGAAGAAGCCGUUCAGGGAUCAAGGUUUGGGGUCUUAGAAGUGGCGGACAUGGACACGACUGAGGGCAAUAAUCUGACCCUUGAAGGUGACCAUACGCAAAAGGUUGACAUGCCGGAGGGUAAUGAUCUGGUCAUUGACGGAGACAGAGCGCAAAAGGUUGACAUGCCGGAGGGAGGCAGGACUUCACUAGGACUGAGGAUAUUAACUCGGGGGUUAAUAUCAGAUUGA